CAGGGGCGGGCCCCUUCUGGAAGGUUCUGAGGCAGGGUAUAAGAGACAGGGUGGCGGGCGGAAACCGGUCUCAUUGAACGCGGCGGCAACUGCUCAGCUUCUGUUCUGAUCGCCUGCUGAGCCGGGCCUACACGAUAGCAACCAUGUCUAAGGGACCUGCCGUCGGCAUUGAUCUUGGCACCACCUACUCCUGUGUGGGUGUUUUCCAACACGGGAAAGUGGAAAUAAUUGCCAAUGAUCAGGGAAACCGCACCACCCCGAGCUAUGUCGCAUUCACUGAUACUGAACGAUUGAUUGGUGAUGCAGCAAAGAAUCAAGUUGCAAUGAACCCCACCAACACGGUUUUUGAUGCCAAACGCCUGAUUGGUCGUAGAUUUGACGAUGCUGUUGUCCAGUCUGAUAUGAAGCAUUGGCCUUUCAUGGUGGUGAAUGAUGCAGGCAGGCCCAAAGUCCAAGUAGAAUAUAAAGGAGAGACAAAAAGUUUUUAUCCAGAAGAGGUGUCAUCUAUGGUUCUGACAAAGAUGAAGGAAAUUGCAGAGGCAUACCUUGGGAAAACUGUUACCAAUGCAGUGGUCACAGUACCUGCUUAUUUUAAUGACUCUCAGCGUCAGGCCACCAAAGAUGCUGGGACCAUUGCUGGUCUCAAUGUACUAAGAAUCAUUAAUGAGCCAACUGCUGCUGCUAUCGCGUAUGGCUUAGACAAAAAGGUUGGCGCUGAGAGAAAUGUGUUGAUCUUUGACCUAGGAGGUGGCACUUUUGAUGUGUCAAUCCUCACUAUUGAAGAUGGGAUCUUUGAGGUCAAAUCUACAGCUGGAGACACCCACUUAGGUGGAGAAGACUUUGACAACCGAAUGGUCAACCAUUUUAUUGCUGAGUUCAAGCGUAAGCAUAAGAAGGACAUCAGUGAGAACAAGAGGGCUGUCCGUCGCCUCCGUACUGCUUGUGAGCGUGCUAAGCGUACGCUCUCUUCCAGCACCCAGGCCAGUAUUGAAAUUGAUUCACUCUAUGAAGGAAUCGACUUCUAUACCUCCAUUACCCGUGCUCGAUUUGAAGAAUUGAAUGCUGACUUGUUUCGUGGUACCUUGGACCCAGUUGAGAAAGCUCUUCGUGAUGCCAAGCUAGACAAGUCCCAGAUCCAUGAUAUUGUCCUGGUGGGCGGCUCUACCCGUAUCCCCAAAAUUCAGAAACUCCUACAGGAUUUCUUCAAUGGAAAGGAAUUGAAUAAGAGCAUCAAUCCUGAUGAAGCUGUUGCUUAUGGUGCAGCUGUCCAGGCAGCCAUCCUCUCUGGAGACAAAUCUGAAAAUGUUCAAGAUUUGUUGCUCUUGGAUGUUACUCCUCUUUCCCUUGGUAUUGAAACUGCUGGUGGUGUCAUGACUGUACUCAUCAAGCGCAAUACUACCAUUCCUACCAAGCAGACACAGACUUUCACUACUUACUCUGACAACCAGCCUGGUGUGCUCAUUCAGGUUUAUGAAGGUGAGCGUGCCAUGACCAAGGAUAACAACUUGCUUGGCAAGUUUGAACUGACUGGCAUACCUCCUGCGCCCCGUGGCGUUCCUCAGAUUGAGGUCACUUUUGAUAUUGAUGCCAAUGGCAUUCUCAAUGUUUCUGCUGUGGAUAAGAGCACAGGAAAAGAGAACAAGAUCACCAUCACAAAUGACAAAGGCCGUUUGAGCAAGGAAGACAUUGAAAGGAUGGUCCAGGAGGCUGAGAAGUACAAAGCUGAAGAUGAGAAGCAGCGGGACAAGGUAUCCUCAAAGAACUCCCUUGAAUCUUAUGCUUUCAACAUGAAAGCAACUGUUGAAGAUGAGAAACUUCAAGGCAAGAUCAAUGAUGAAGACAAACAGAAGAUUCUUGACAAGUGCAACGAAAUUAUCAACUGGCUGGAUAAGAACCAGACUGCAGAAAAGGAAGAAUUUGAACAUCAACAGAAAGAGCUGGAGAAAGUCUGCAACCCAAUCAUUACUAAGCUGUACCAGAGUGCAGGUGGCAUGCCAGGAGGGAUGCCUGGGGGCUUCCCUGGUGGUGGAGCACCUCCAUCUGGUGGUGCCUCCUCUGGGCCCACCAUUGAAGAAGUUGAUUAAACUAACGACCUAGAAUUUAGCAUUGUUCCACCUAAAAUGUUGAAGGACCCAAAUUUGUAGCAAAUUCCAUGGCAGUAAAAAGUUGAGCUGCUGUAUAGUAAUAACUGGGCAUUCUUGAUACUUGAAUAUGGAACUGUGCACAGGGAAAGGAAGCAAAAAUAACAUUGCACUUUAUAAGCACUGUUGUUCUAAGUGGAAAAUGCAAUGUCUUAAAUAAAAUAUUUAAAAUUGGCACCA